AUGUUUACAGCCCUCGCACAGGCAAGGGCAUCCUUUCCUCUCUCUCCCGCCUCCGCUUCAGCCGCCGCAGCGCAGGCUGGGCCCGUGGGCACAGGGUCAGCUGCGGACAUGUUGGGUUUUUCCUCGCCUCUCAUUGGGGGCCUCCAGGAGCGAAAGGAGUGUCGGUCGCCUCCCGUCCCGCACAACGGCGUCGAGGCGAUUUUCCUCUUCAAUCCGACACUGAAACCCGAGCGCAAACGCCACAGCCAUGCACACUCAGACUCCGUGGGCAUGCGGGGAGCACAUACAUCUUCGGUGUCCUCUGGGAGAGAUCGACGUGUCCAACGCGAGGACGGUGAGCUUGGAGACGACGACGAGCUCGAAGACGAAUUUGACGAUCUGCGGGGAGAGGAGGAAGACGAAGGCGCGCAUCUCAGAGAGGACGAUGCGCAAGAAGAGGAGGAGCAGGAACUUGGCGCUGAGGAAAGGGCGCAGGAAGCGAAAAUCGUCUUCUAUUUCCCGUCAACAAGACCAGCAGAGGAAAAGCGAAGCCACGUCGGCCUCAUCGAGGGGCUUACCAUCUUCACACGUCAAUUCAGCGGCGAUUCAGGGCCGCUGCGAUCCAUCUACACAGAUGAUCACGUCAUCGUCACCCAGGAAGUCGAGCCAGACUACUGGCUGACAUUUGUUUUCAACGCCAGCCAGCUCGCAGAUUUCGCAUUCUCGGGCGAGAGCAAGGGAGACCCGAAGGCGGUGGACGGGGUUGCUGGCCAUGCGCGGCUCGACGAAGACAACCAAGAUAUUAUUCUGUUGGGCAUUCUGGACAAGUUCUACCGUUUCUUCCGGCUGCUCCAUGGGCGCCUCGCACUCUUCAUUGAGCGGCAGAACCAAGAACACCUGACUGACCUCCUCGAGGACUUUUGUCCAGCAUUCAUCGAUACCAUCGAUCCGCAGCAUCUGACGCUGUUCCAAUCGGUUGACGGCUUCCACUUCGGGCCUCUGGAUCGUCUGCCAUACCUCCAUCUUCCGUCCUUCGUCUCGAUUCUCCAAAACAAGUUCCCCUGUAUCCUACAUACUGCGUUCCUCCUCAACGGCUGCCUCCUUUUCUACAACUUGACUUCUGACUCAAGAGAUUUCUCUGCCGGUAUAGGCGCAAUUCCCCUGUCGUCUGCUGCGGUCGGCGGCUCUUCAACGGAGAUGAACUCUGGUUUUUCCCCUCGGAGACAGAGUGCGCACGCAUCCUCCAGUGAAUCUUCCGUCGCGGAGGACCAGGUUUUGAGUGCAUUGUUUCCGGCAUGGUCGAGAGGAGAGGAGAAGGCAGCGCAGCGAGAGAGAUCCAGGAAAGACAGGGAGCAGAUGUGGAGGCGACCUGACGGGUUCAGAGACGGCUACGACGUCAUGAGGGUCCUGUACAGCUACUUGGUUCACGUGCAAGGCUGCGCAGCUGUCGAUCCCGACAAGCUGAGAAAGCCACCAUACGCAAGAGUCAACACGGCGGCAGCGAGGCCGGGAGGCCGCUGUUCUUCUUUCGGUCGCGCAAUUCGCGAAGCCGGUAGUGCAGAAACGGCGGACGACACUCCGGGCGACGCCUUCCUUUUUGGGCCUGCAGGACAUUCUGUCUUCGUGCCCGAGAUCCAUCUGCCGGACGACAGCACCGGGAGCAUCGUGGUGAUCAACCAACAGCAGCUGCAGCUUGUGCUCGUUGUUAACGAUCACCACCUCGUCAGUGACGCAUCGUUUCUGCAGCACGUGCGCGCCUUCGCUCUCGAGGCCGGCCUCGCUGAGCUGCAGCAAGUCUUCAGCGCCGAGUUCGACAGCAUUAUGAAGCAAGAGGACGGGUAUCGCUUCAUAUAUUUCAACCACGUCAACCGCGCAGUUCGCAUCUCAAACAGGAAGUGUCCAGCGAACGCGCCUUCUCCCCCCUCAUUUCCGGGGUGUGCGCUUUCCAAGCAGGAGGUUCGCCGAAUGGGUCAGCUGCAUCGGCGGCUGUGUCCUGACGGAGGCCGCGAGGACGACAGGCUUGACUUGGAGUUUGUCGGCGCGUAUUCGGAUGAAGAGGACGCGCGCGACGUCUGCACUCGGUCGCCGAGAGGUGGAACGUGGGACUCCAGGAGCGACGCCGUUGCGCGAAGGGAUGGCCAGAGGGUUGAAGGCGAGCGCGGAGACACGCCAGCGGCUAAACGGCUAUCUCAGUCGAGCGACGACGUGCCUCCCGAAGCACGUGAUGUGGCGCGGAAAGCUCAAAGCUUCACGGACGAUGCCUUUGGGUCGUCCAGGGCGACAGCAGAGGACGACACGACGUCGGCGCGGGCACGCGGCUCAGGCAGGGCAGAGGCGAGUGCGGGGGACGGACGACAGAGUGGAGAGGACGACGCGAGAGAGAGACCAGGAGAAAGAAGGAAAGCGCGAGUGCAGCCGAAAUCGGUGCCCGUGAAACUCAUGGCUGUGAAGGAUGCCCAGUCCGGCUGGCUCAUCGGCGCUGCCUCAAUGAACAGAGAGUUCUAUGUGGCCCUGGACGACCCGCGGACUACGCUGUCCAACGCGAUGGAAGACGCCAGCAGAUUCGGGCACAUGCACUUUGCAAACAUCUUUGUCUGA